UCAAAAUGUUUCACACGAUCGUGCAGUGCGUGCUGUUCUGUGCUACUGUCUACCUUUACCGAACAUGGCAAAAUCGUCGCACCUGGCAGUUACUGGGCCGUUUGCCAGGUCCACUGAAUUUUCCUCUCAUCGGUUCAAUGUACGUCAUUCCGGGACGCGACACUUCCCGCUAUCUUCAAACUUUGGUCGAUUUAACCGCCACGUACGGAUCCCCGUACUGCAUCUGGCUUGGACCCGUGCCGGUGGUGAUCGUCAGUACGGCUGACCAUGCACGAACGAUACUUAACUCACCGGCAACCGUGGAGAAAGCGAGCUUCUAUCGAUUCACACCACUUCACGGGAUAUUUUCACUUCCGGCCUAUAAAUGGCGAGCCCAUCGGAAAAUGAUUCAACCCACCUUUAAUCAAUCCAUUCUGCGCGGUUUUAUACCACUGUUUGAGGAGAAGGCCGAAGUGAUGGUGCGUGCGUUGGGCGAGAUGGUUGAGACGGGUCACGCGUUUGAUAUCUAUCGCUUUACCGCCCGGUGCACACUGGAUAUGAUUUUUGCAACCACCCUGGGAACUGAUAUGCAUAUCCAGGAAUGUUCCACUUGCGGCUAUCUGGAUGUUCUUGAAGAGCUAUUCGAAAUUGUAACCAUCCGAGCGGUUAACAUUUUCCUUCAUCCCCAGUGGCUUUACCGAUGGACGUCCGUGUAUCGCAACGAGCAGAAAGCGCUGGAAGAAUUUUGCCGUCCAUCGAAAGCAAUUCUAUACGAGAAAGAGGCAUCUCUAGCGUCGGCUGAGAGUGGUGGCAACCAGUUCAGCUUGAUUGAUCAGCUAAAAAGCUCAACGCUCGAUAACGAAGCGAUUGAGCAGGAGCUGAACACAAUCAUAUUCGCUGGCAAUGAAACCAGUGCAAUGACUGUGGCCAACACUAUCCUUCUGCUAGCGAUGCAUCCCGAGGUACAGGAAAAACUUCACCACGAACUUCGCGCACAGUUUGGCUCAGUGGUAGAAAACGUCCGUUACGAAACUCUGAACCGUCUUACCUACAUGGAAAUGGUGCUAAAAGAAUCGCUUCGGCUGCUUCCAAUUGCGGCCGUUAUUGGACGAAGAACGACGGAAGAAAUCGAUCUGGGUGAGUAUCGUCUUCCGGCCGAUAUUGAUGUCGUUAUCGACAUAUUCGACAUACAUCGAAAUCCCACCUAUUGGGGUCCCGAUGCCGAUCGCUUCCGUCCGGAACGUUUCGAAACGCUACAGUACGACCGGUUUGCACUGCUCCCGUUCAGUGGUGGUCCACGGAACUGUGUUGGGUUGCGAUAUGCUUGGCUUUCGAUGAAGAUUAUGCUGCUGAAGGUGCUUACACGCUUCCACAUUGAAACGGAUCUAAAGUUGGAAGAUUUAACCACCAAAAUAGCGCUCACGAUGAAGAUCUCUAACGGACAUAUGGUGCGCUUGAAACGGAGGAAAUAAAUUCUUGACGCCUGGAGUCGGUAUGGA